UUAAUUUAAUAGAGUUUAGAAAUAAAUAUAACCGUUUAGAACUACAAUAAGUAACGUGGUGUGUUCGUGUUCGUGUUAGAAGAAACGCAAAACGCAAUCAAUAUAAAGAAAAAGGUAAAUCGACGUCGACGACGAAUGAAUACCUAAAAGCCGAAGCAACAACAAAAGCCACAGCAGCAGCAGCAGAAACAACAACAACAACCACAGCAACAGCGGCACGCAGAAUAAAGAAACAAGGAAACAUUUGCACAGAAACCAACAGCGGCGACUGACUGCAGCGACAGCGACAAGAAAAACCACUUCAACAAAAGAGGAUAACGUAUUGGAAGAGCCAGCAGCGCACUCGCACUCGUACCCAUACAAGCAUACUCGCAAACAUACACACACACACACACACGCAUACACACACUGAUACUCGCACGUACGUGCCCGUCAACAAACGGUGGGAAAGUAAACCGACAUCUUUUUACGACGUCGCAGAGAGUUUUGCAAUCAGAAACAACAACGAAACGCCAACAAACAGGCAGUCAGGCAGACAGGCAACCAAGGCGAGUUGUUGAAAACGUCGUCGCACUGCUUGAAUUCAAUCCAUCGCCAUCAUCAGAUCUCAGCCCUUUUGGAGUCGACGUUCGUACGUUGGCUCGCUCGCUCGCUCGUUCGUUGAUAACGAAGGUGUAAGCUGAGAGUGCGCAUGCGAGACAGGUUGCUGUGCUGUCUGUUGCUUAACAGCCGUUAAUACAAUUUGGACGCACAUCGAAUUUGGAAAUCACUGCCAGUCGUCGUUGUCGCUAUCGUUUUCGUCGUCGUCGUCGUCUCCAUCAGUCGCGAGGCAGCAGUCGUGUUCGUGAAAGUGCGUGUGCGUGUACGCGUACGCGUGCGUAAUCAACGACAAAAAGCCAAAUUCGAGCAGCAGCAACAACAGCUGAAUUUGCGAAACGCUUGUGAGCGAACGAGUGAGCUGAAAGCUGGUCAAUACUGAGCGUUGCUGAGCAGAACAGCGAGUUUGGAGGCCACUACUUGUUGAGCGAGUUACCACAUCGCGCUCAGAAAACAGAAGCAGAAAUACAUACAUAUAUGCAACGCAAGCUCGUCAUCGAUUUUGAAAGAGCAGCAGAAACGGCAAAGCAACUGCACUCCAAAUAAUCAAAAUAAUUUUUAUUAAAAAAGUGCAAUCGCAUCCAUAUUAAGGACAAACAAACAACAAACACACACUCCAAAUGAAAACGCUAGUGCUCAGUCCUGAUGACUUGCAGAAUUUCAACAAGCUCAUUUAUGAUCCAAAAGCAGCCGCUCAACUGGCCGCCAGUGCAGGCGCCAUAGGAGCAGCUGCUGCUGCAGCAGCGGCCGCACAUGGCCAUGGACACAGCCACGCCCACGCUCAUUCGGGGGCCGCCGCCACAGUGCAGCUCGUGAGCGGCGGUGGGGCAGCCAUGCCCGCUGUAUCGAGCGCCCUGACAGCGACAGGCACCACUAAUAGUGCCAAUAACUUAAUGGCCCUGCACUACUAUCUAAAGCAUCCUGGCAGCUAUGCGCAGCAGGCGCCAGCCACAACAACUUCGGCAGCAGCGGCUGCACAUGCACAGCAACAACAAUUGCUCGCCCAGUCGCAGACACAGCUGAAGCAGCUGCAGCUGAAGCAACCAACAAUUCACCAGCAUCAACAGCACAUCAGCUACCAUCAUCACCAUCCAUACUAUCAGCAGCAUCAACAGCAGCCGCCUCCGCAGCUAACGGCGGUCACACAUGUUGCUGCCCACACGCACACCAAUCCACACAAGAGCCAAUCACAUCAGCAUUCGCAUCAACAGCAGCAGCAGCAGCAGGUGCAGGGCCAUGUGCCCGUGCACGCUCUUAACCAGAACUCCAAUUUCUCAGCAGCUAGCUCGAGCACAGGGGGCACGGCGUCCAGUCAUGCGCCCACCCAGCAGUCAAAUAGUUCGAGCAUAUCGCCCACCACCAUACCACGUGCCUCGCACAUGGCGGUCGCCAAUAGCAGCACCAAUAUAGCGGCAGCUGCAAACGCACUGCUACGAGCGUCGGCAAACGCGAGCGCAGCUACUGGCGCAGCCACAGGAACCUGCACGCCAUCCUCGUCGUCAUCUUCAUCGUCGUCGUCGUCAUCCUCGUCGUCAUCAUCAUCAUCUUCCUCCAACUCUGCGAAUUGUGCCAAGAAACUGAAGACGGAGCCCGUACUCUCGCACCACAAUCAAUCUGAGCGACUGAACUUUGCUAACACGUAUAUUGUUUGGAGCGAGGAGCACUGGCGUCGCGUCAUAUUCCACGACGAACGUCGCUUCAAUUUGGACGGACCCGAUGGCUUCUCCUACUACUUCCACGAUCUGCGCAAUUAUGAACGCACGCUCUCCCAGAGACCGCGCGGUAACUCUGUCUACAUUUAUCUGAUGAUCUGCAUUGGUGGCGCCUUGCAUCUGGAGGUCUCCACGGCUAAGCAACGACCUGAAUCCUGCAUCGAAGUUAUUAUGCGCGAGCGACCCAACAUUAUUAGCAAGCUGGGCGGCAACACUGAUUUCAUUGUGCAGGAUUACAAUUGGAUGUCACAUGCGCUGCCUACCGCCCAGGAUCUGCUCAAUGCCGAGGGCCUAAAGACGCAGAAAUGGCCAACGAUUGCGCACGACCUUAACAUCAUGGAGAAUAUUUGGGGCUGGCUUAUACGCGAGGUCUUCGACGGCGGUCGCAAAUUUUCACGCAAGGACGACUUGAUAUUUCGCAUUCGAGAGGCGUGGUCACGUCUACCGCUCGAUUUGAUCACCAACCUGUAUAGCACACUACCGGAACGCAUAACGGAGCUGUACUACACCCAAGGCGUCUAUACGAACUGUUGACGGCCGUUGGAUGAGCGAGCGACUGAAGAGGAACGCAGCCAGAGGGAGGGGCGAGACAGUUUUGUGAAAUUGAUAGCCGGCCUGGCUAGAAAUCAACUCGAAAAUGCAUAUAAGUUUAUUUGUCGGCUUACACUUUAGGCGUUAGCGUCCUGCUCUCUACAAGUUGGCAGAAGCAAAAAGCUUCGGUUUGACUGUUAGACCGUUUGACCUGAUCCUAUUUGUAAGCCCCGCAACACCUCAAUGGAUAUGCGAUAUUCCUGCUGGACUGUACGACAAAAGAGCGUUUCGCUUAAAGAAGAUUUAAAAAAUGAAAAAAAAAAAAAUGAAGAGAUACUAAGAAACUAAAUACACUAACUUAACAUUUUUGUGUAUAGCUUUAAGAUGUGUGUAACAAUAGGCGGGAUUUUGGAUUGGGGAGGACCUGGCCACACCCGCAAACACAUGGAUUUAGUUUAUGCUUUUAGAUUUUCCAAUAACGCGCGACUCAAGACUCGCAGCACGCCACGCGUGACAACACCAUUACCCUGCGUACCAGUGUUGCCAUGCCGCUUUGUAAUUAAUGUUUUUAUGCUCUCCUAAGUUUAGACCUACAUAUAUUUAGUUAUCGUUUUCCCCAUCUUAGUUACAACCAAUUUAUUUAAAUUUGAAUUCCUUUUGUUGAUUGUUUUUAAUUAGAAGAAACAAAACGAAAAAAAUAACUCGAACAAAAUUAUUUCAAAUCAAGUAAAUAUACUUGUAACUAAAGUAUUAUUUUAAGGCAUAGUUUUUGUUGUAGAAAAAUGCAUUAAACAAACACCCACACACACACACACAAACACACAUUAUAAAUCCUAUCAUGUGAAAAUGUUUACAACCAGAAACCAUACUUAUAAUAUUAUGUAUCAAUGUAAUUAAAACAUAUUGAACAAGAAAAGCAACAAAAGCAAAUUAGUAUUAAUUUAAGAUCAAAAACUAAUGAUAAAUCGAAACAAUUAUAGGAAUCAUAUUGAAAUAAAAAAACCCAAUAGAAAACUGAUAAAUGUGAACCAAUUUUUGGAUCGCGUAUGAAACAAAAAAAUUAAUUUUAAAAAAAUAAACAAACGCAAUAGAAGGGAGUAUAGGUCAGAGUUGCCGCUCCUUUUGCCACUAAAUAACUUUAGAACUUCAUCAAAGGAUUCCUAGUGAAGAAAGAACUCAGCAAAUUGCAGACAUUUGCGAGGAACUAACUAUUUUAAAAAGAUCUAUGGAAAGUAGUAUCCUUUAAAAUGAGUCCUCUUAUUUUUCAAUUUGGCAAAUGAUGUGAUUAUCUUCCUUUUCGCUUUUGCAAAGAACUCAAAAUGUCAGCAAAAAAAAAAUAAAUAAACUUUAUACAUA